AUGCCUUCACAUCUGCGAAAAAUCGCAUUAUGUAGCAGUCUUAUAUUGCUUGGACUUGCACCUCUAAUAGCCGCGCACGGCGAUGAAGAACCGGAAAUGGAUAUGAGCAUACCAAUGAGUUCGGUAGCCACAGCUAUUUCUACAGCCACGGUUUCAGCCAGCAUCGACACCGUGGUGGCUGAACCUUCUAGUUAUUUUCGAUAUCCUGAACAUGGAAGUCUGAUGGUAGCUCAUAUUAUACUCAUGACCAUAGGAUGGGUGUUCGUUCUGCCAAUAUGUGUGAUGCUCUCCAUUUCUCGAUCUCGUUUAAGUCUCCCUACACAAUUCGCGUUUCUAGCUUUGAACGGUGGUGGUCUCCUCUGCAGUAUAAUAUACAAUGCCUCCACUCCGGACCUUUAUCCGAAUAAUUUUCAUCAUAAAUUGGGGUGGUUUCUGAUAUGGGUAGUCACUGCACAAGCCCUAAUAGGGGUCACCAGUGCUUACGCGGGGCGUAGAGGCGAGAAGGAACAGGAGAACUCUGGGUACAUUCCGGUUUCGAGAGAAGCAAUGGCAGAGCAUACCCGUAUCCACGAACGACCUAAACCUAUUCCCAGAUUAUCGGAUGAUAGUGGACAAGGUACUGAGCCAGGUACCGAAUCUCUACGAAGCCAAUCGAUGUCUCUGUCUGGAGAUGAUGAAAAUACUCUAAAUGAAUCGGAAAAUGACGAGUUUGAAAAAGUGGGGUUGAUGGAAGGUACGCAGGUGGAUCAAUACUUGUCGAAACGACUUCCGGGAUUACUUACUGCACGUCUCUUGAGAGUAAUUCAAUUUUCAUGUGACGUUGUGGAUCGAGUAAUUCUUCUCCUGGGUUUUGCUAUUCUCACAUCUGGUUUCGUCACGUAUGGUGGUUUAUUUAAAGGAGCAGAAAUUUAUAGUGGUCUUGCGCACUUCAUUAAGGGUUCAGUUUUCUUCUGGUAUGGAAUCUUAACUCUUGGUCGAUGGGCAGGUUGCUUCGCCGAAAUUGGUUGGUCCUGGAAUAUCAAACCUCAUGAUGAGCGGAGAUUUUCUCCAACCGCUGAGUUCGUAGAAAGUUUCCUUAUUUUCUUCUAUGGCUCCACGAACGUUUUCUUGGAACAUCUGGCUGCUUGGGGGAGUGCAUGGAGCGCACAAGAUCUCGAGCAUAUUUCGAUCACCAUUAUGUUUAUUGGUGGUGGAUUGUGCGGCAUGCUUAUUGAGUCGAAGAAAAUUCGCAACCUUUUGAAUACCACACUCCAACAAUCAUCAUCUCGAAUGUCUCCCUAUCAUCCAGAAGCCCAAGAACCGAAAUCCUAUAGGUUUUCGAUGAACCCAAUCCCCGCUUUAGUCGUCAUGCUAUUGGGAAUGAUGAUGAGUUCUCACCAUCAACAUUCCAUGGUCUCAACUAUGAUUCAUGGACAAUGGGGAACUUUACUUGUGGGUGCAGCAUUUGCACGUGCUGCUACUUAUGUUGUAUUCUACCUUUCACCACCAACUUCGAUUCUGCCUGGUAGACCCCCCACGGAAAUCAUUACAGCUUUCUGUUUGAUGGCUGGAGGGUUGAUUUUUAUGGCUAGUAGCAAAGAUACAGUCAAGGCAAUUGAAAUGAAUGAUCUCGAUGCGAUGUUUGUUUUUACAGUUUCCAUGGGUCUCAUCACAUUUUUGAUGGCUUGGAUUAUCUUGGUGAUUGCAAUUAAAGGGUGGGCAGUGAGGAAAGAAAAGAGAUGGGGUAAGAGUGUUGGUUGUGAUGUCGAUGGGACUGCAUAGAAAUAAUGCUGGAGGACAAUAAUGGAUGUGGACAAGGGAAGACGGGAAAGUGGAAUAAUAUAUAGAUGGGUCAUGAUAUUACGAAUGGAUGGAUGAGAAGAUGGGAAUGGUAAUGCUUAUGAGGCGGGGAAUGGAGUUAUGGCGUCAAGAUACCAUGGAUUGUUUGAUCUUUUUGGUUUGGGCUUGGAAUCGGGCUUGGAAUUGGAAUUGGAAUUGGAAGUCUUAAUUAUGGGAAGUGGAAGGAGAGGAGAGAUAGAUUAAUUAAAUAAUGGGAUUGAAGCUUGAGUAGAAU